AUGGCCGGCCAUUUUGAGUACAUCGAUGCAUUCAAGACAACUUUCCCGUCCCCCUUCAAAUUUCGGACGACGACGCCCAUCACCUUGGUCGAGCUUCGCAUCCGUUUCUUUUCGGGAAGUAUCCGCUCCAAGGCCAACUGGUGGGAGAAGGUGCACGACAGCGACAUAGUUUCCAGCUGGCGUGAGGAGAUCCUAGCACAUGAUCGCACCGAGGUCGACCGGUGGUGGGGAGGGGACAAGUACUAUGACGCCUGGAUGCCUCCCACUAGUCCAUGGGGCAGACCCUCGGAGAUCAAGGCGUGGCCGCGAGAUGUCUUGACCAGCGCGCAGCUGGAUUACACCUUCGAUCAGCUGCUGUAUGAGGCCUCGCAGGUGGAUAAGAGGACAGGGACUUUCGCGACCGCGAUUCAAGGGGUCUACGAAUCGCGGACUCUGAUACCUGCUGCACUCGGGGAUGCACUCGUAAACGCGGUGAAAACACUCGAGUCCGUCCCUGAAGCCGAGAAGGAUUGGCACCCUGGAUCCAACCGUCAGGUUCUCGAUCUCGUCCACCCGUCCCUGUACUGUCUCCGUAUCGGAGACUCCUGUUCGUUUGCGGAUGGGCGAAUCGAAGCAAUGCCGCAAACGAUUACCAUGGACGCGUACCGAUCCGCCCGACCAGACCUGCGCCAAUACACUUACGAUCAUCUCCAGUACGCUGUGUCGCCCAGGUACCAAUGGCUCCCCACGGACUUCACAGUGUCCCAGCACGGAGCCGUUCGGCCGAUGUCAUACAUCAACAACAUCGAUCCCGCCCGUUAUCCAGCGCUCUAUCCCACACUCGCAUCGAUUCUCGAGAAGUUCGUCCCGCUCUUCGAGCAUGUCCUCACGACGACGAACUCUUCCCAACCUCCGCUGCCCCUCGCGAUCGCCGUCGACCCCGUGAACUGGUACCCCGAGCGACCAGACUGGGCCGAGCCUCUCGUCGGAGAAACCCAAGAGGAACUCCGCGCCCGGCAGGAGGAAUGGACGCGGCUGCACGAGUGGCCCAUCAUCCCCGACCCGGCGCCCUUCUCCCCCCCUCCCGCGCGCGCCCCGUACUCUCUUCGCGGGCGCACGAUCCAGGUGAUCGUCAAGCUCGCCAACAUCGUCCUCACCCCCGACCACCCGCGCUACCCCGGCGGCGCGUGGCACGUCGAGGGGAUGGCGAACGAGCGCAUCGUCGCCACCGGCCUGCUCUACUACGCAGCGGAGAACAUCACGCCCUCGCGCCUCGCGUUCCGCGCGCUCGCGGGCGACCACGAGGGCGGGAUCUACAUGGACUACGAGCAGAGCGACUACACCGGCUGGCGCGUCGCGUUCGGGCUCGACUGCCAGGAGCCGCUGAACCAGCCGCUCGGGAGCGUGCUCGUCGCGGGCGACGGGGUGGGGGACGGGCGGUGCGUCGCGUUCCCGAACGUGUACCAGCACUGCGUCGAGCCGUUCGAGCUCGCGGAUCCCACGCGCGGCGGGCACCGGAAGAUCGUCGCGUUCUUCUUGGUCAACCCGGAGACGCGGAUCGCGUCCACAACGGAGGUGCUGCCGCAGCAGGAGGGUUGGGUGCGCGGGAGCGUGGAGGCGAUGCGGGAGAUGGAUCGACUCCCGACGGAGUUGUACGACAUCGUCAUGAAGGAGGCCCUGGUGGGAGUUGUGUCGCGAGAGCGGGCAGAGGCGGAUCGCGAGGCGUUGAUGGAAGAGAGGUCGAGGUUCGUUGUGAAGCACAACGAAGAGGUGUUCGAGGUACCUUUCAAUAUGUGCGAGCAUUAG